AUGACACGCUCGCUCUCUCUCUCUCCCUCUCUCUCUCUCUCUCUCAUUCACCGCUUCUUCCGCUCUCGCUCCUCUGCCCAUUUCAAUUCACUUGGCCAAAGUGUCCCGAUUCCGGCCGACACCACCCCCCAUCCCACCACCAAGUCAAACGCAUUCGUACAUGUCGAUGAGCGCUUGGACACAUUGCGUGCGCAAAUCAAAAUGCACCAAGAUACCAUCAUUGAUCUUCAAUCCCAGAUGGCCACCGUACGAGCCGAGGUGACCACACGUGACUCGACGAUCCAACAUCUGAGAGCUGAGAUCUAUGACCUCCAGCACAAAUUGCAAGAGAUCGAGUCCAAGCGUGAAGUUGCGCUCCAAAAGCGCAAGGCCGCGCGAGCCAAAAAUCCCAAGGCCCGUCGAACCCAGCGUCGACACCCAACAAAAGCGAACCGCGUCAAAGACCCAAGAACCAACCAGGUGGCUUUGGAUGCUCGCGUGCAUCGGUGCCGCGUUCCUGGCUGA